CUUGUGAGGCAGCCCUGCAUCUGAAGGGGUCAAGGAAGGGUUAAGGGGAGGGAGGUUGGAUUCCUAGAGAGGAAGGAAGCCAGGGAGGAGGAGGAGCCCAGUCCUCCAGAGCAGGGCAUGCUGCCUUGACCACUUCCUCCUCCUCUCCUUGGGCAGCCUUCCUCUCCUCCUGGGAGUCUCAUUCCCAGAUUCCCUUCAAUGGGCUGAAGAUCUGUACUUGCUAUAUUUCUGUUACUAGUGAAACAGAAUCCCAUAAAUAACAAAGGGAGAUGCCACGCUUGCUUUUGCAGGCAGGGAAUGUUUUCAAGCUGAAGGGGGUUGAAUGCGUGGAUACAGAGGGAGGAAAAGUGAUGGUUGUCUGAGAAUGUUGGAGUAGAGCCUGUUCAGGGAAACAAGGAGGAAGAAAGCAUCUUGGGUCCAGUUUGAUUCUUCACCAAACAGUGGUUCCAACAUGGAGACACCCAACUUACCUGGAAAUGAAGCAGAACCUGGGAGCAGUGGUGAAUCCUGGGAGAAAACAACACAUAAGUUUCUAAGUGUGGACCUUUAUAGUUCACUCAUACAGUUCAGGCAUUCCUCCUUCCGAGAGGGCGAGGGACCCAGAGAGGUUUGCAGCCGCCUCCACUCUCUCUGCCGCCAGUGGCUGAAGCCAGAGCAACACACCAAGGCGGAGAUGCUGGACCUGGUGAUCCUGGAGCAGUUCCUGAGCAUCCUGCCCCCAGAGAUGGGGAGCUGGGUCCGAGAGUGUGGGGCAGAGACCUCUUCCCAGGCGGUGGCCCUGGCGGAAGGCUUCCUCCUGAGUCGGGCAGAGGACGAGAAGCAGGAAGGACAGGCCCAGAAUGGCUGCAUGGAAGCCCACCCGGAUGUCCCUGAAUCAGAGGAACCCCCACCAGGCCCCACCCAGAGCCUCCAGCAGAAGGAGAUCAAGCAGGAAGGAGACGGGGCUGCGGCCUUGGAGGGGGCUGGAAUGAUGAUGUUGCUGAAUCCUCAGUCGAGUCUUCCCUUUUGUGAUGGAGUGGAACUGAAUGAGGUAAGCAGAAGGAUUCCUGGGAGAGGAGGAAUGGAGCUGCCUGGGGUCAUUGGUUCCAGGCUCAAUCAUAGAAUCCUUGAGUUGGAAGAGACCUUGUGAGUCAUCCAGUCCAACCCCCUCCCAAGAAGCAGGAAAAUUACAUUCAGAGCACCCCCGACAGAUGGCCAUCCAGUCUCUGUUUAAAAAGCUGUCAAAGAAGGAGUCUCCACCACACUCUGGGGUAGAGAGUUAAAAUAACAAUAUAUAGUAAAAGGUUAUCUAUAUACCGCCCUAUCUCCCCGAGGGGACUCAGAGGGAAUGGAUAGGGUACAAGACCAAGUCCUAACUGUUGGACCAAGGGCUUGAGACUUGAGACUAGUCAUUAUCGAAGGCCUGAUGAAACCACCAAGUCUUCAAGUUCUUACGGAAGGAGGUGAGUGAUGGGGCCAGCCCUAUCUCCUUGGGGAGGGCAUUCCAGAGGCAGGGGGCCACCACCGAGAAGGCCCUCUCCCUCGUCCUCACCAACCAGACUUGAGACGGUGAUGGGAACAAAACAAGGGCCUCCCCGGUGGAUCUUAGUGUCUUCACCGGUUCACAGAGGGAGAUACGAUCGUGGAGAUAGGUGGGACCUGAAACGUUUAGGGCUUUAUAGGUGCACUGCUGAACAGCUCUUACAGUCGGGAAGUUCUUGCUAAUGUUCAGGUGGAAUCUCCUUUCCAAGAAAAGAUUGAACCAACAAAAAUGUAAAUAAUUUCAAAGAGAUUCUUGUAA